AUGUCAAAUGAAACAGCGUCUAUGAGAGAAAUACAACACAACCGACAACUCAUUAUACAAGCUCUAAAUAAGAACACAACAAACUUUUCAAACUAUUCUAAGAUAUCUGAGUCAUUGAAAGAAGGAAACUUAAAACUGACAUUAAACCCAAUGACAGAUGAGUUUCUGUUUCAAGACAAUAAGAACCAUACUGUUUGUAUAAAUCCAACAAAAGGAACUUUAAACGAGAAACCUAUAGAUGAACUUCUUUUGAAAGCAGAUGUUGACAACAAAGCUGACAAAGAAUAUGUAGACGAUGCAAUAGCAAAAGAAGAAGAAAGAGCUAACAAUGCUUAUGCAACAAAAGAACAUACUCAUCCUGAACUAGCAGACAAAACAUAUGUUGACAAUAAAAUGUCAAGUGAAGUGACAAGAGCUGAAAACGAAUAUUCUAAAAAGACUCAUAUACAUUCUAUAUCUGAUAUUACAAACUUACAAGAAACCUUAAACAUGAAAAGUGCCGUUGGACAUACACAUUCUAUAUCUGAAAUAACAGACUUAAACGUUAGCCUUGAAAAGAAAGCAGAUAAGGAAUGGGUGGCUAGUGUGUUAGUGAAGAAGGCGGAUAAGGAAUAUGUGGAUGAAAAAGAUAACGAAAUGAAAGAAAGGGUUGAAUGGUACCAUGAACGGACAUCGAAGAUUUUAAAAGGUAAAGCCAAUACAGGAUGGGUUUCAGGAUGUUUAGACCUUAAAGCAGAUAAAACUUAUGUUAACGAUGAGUUAGAGAAGAAAGCUGACAAGAACCAUACACAUACAAGUUUUACAACUGUUGCUAUAGAAAGUAUUGAAGGAACGGUUGAAGAAACUGGUGGGGAUGUAUUAUAUUGGAAACCUCCUAACUUUCCACAAGGUUUAACAUCGGAUGACGACAUAACGACGAUGUUAAACAUUAGAUGUAAAGAUGUUUAUGUCAUGAAGGAUGAACAUAAUAUUAAAUUCACUGCUCAAGAUUUAUAUGACAAGAAAGCAGACAAAACAGAGCUUCAAACAUUAAAGACAGAAAUACUUCAAACAGUAUAUCCUAUAGGUUCUAUUUAUACGUCAAUGAACUCUACCAGACCAGAAACAGUUCUGGGUUUUGGAACUUGGACUCAAAUAGUCGACAGGUUUUUGUAUUGUGCAAACUCUUCAAAGGAAACAGGUGGAAGUAAAACGAUUUCAGGUGAAAAUUUACCUGCGCACAGUCACUACAUAGAUUUAAGUACAUCUCAAGCAGGUUGGCAUAAGCAUAGAUAUUGGGAUUGGCACAGCUUGACAAAAGGUAAAGGAUAUGAUGUUAAAGACAACGUUAAGUUUGCUAUAGAUUGUUACUGGAGUAACACUGAGGGAGGAGGAAACCAUACACAUCGCGUUUCGGGAUAUACGCAAACAACGGGACAAAGUAAAGACUACAUGCCACCUUACAUGACAGUUUACGCAUGGUAUAGAAUUGCUUAG